AGAGGACGCGGAAGAGUUUGUUACGCAAACGUGUUCCGUAGUUGUGGUUUGGCGUGCAGUUAUCUAGAAAGUUCUGGCAAGCGCUGUGUCUGAAGAAAGGACAGUGUAUAUACAAGCCCUGACUGCAGAGAGGAUCACAUUCAGCGUGAAAAUGUCUGUUAUUUCCGAGGAAAAUGUCCGAGGUGGGAGUGUUUUCAAGGAUAUCAGCGCCGACGACGAAGACUGGCAGCCCACUGAGAUAGAGAGCCUGUGUAUGAACUGCUACCAGAAUGGUACGACGCGUUUGCUCCUGACCAAAAUACCAUUUUUUAAAGAAAUAAUCGUCAGCUCUUUCAGUUGCGCUAACUGCAGCUGGUCAAACACCGAAAUACAGUCUGCGGGCCGCAUUCAAGAGCAAGGCGUUUGUUACACGCUGAAGGUCCGAACAAAACAGGACCUGAACCGGGAGGUUGUCAAAGCAGAUUGUGCCACCACCAGGAUCCCUGAGCUGGAUUUUGAAAUCCCUCCCUUCACCCAGAAAGGCUCGUUGUCCACUAUCGAGGGCCUUUUAGACCGAGCAGUGGCUGGGCUGAAGCAGGACCAAGCUGUCAGGCGAGCAGCUGACCCAGAGGUGGCUGACAAAAUAGAUGAAUUCAUCCAGAGGCUGAAGAAGCUAAAAGAGGUCGAAAAUGAAUUCACACUGGUGAUUGAGGAUCCAUCUGGGAACAGUUUUGUGGAAAAUCCCGUGGCCCCUCGAAAAGAUGAGGCUCUCACUAUGUCCUUGUUCAAGCGAACGAUCCAGCAGGAUAAGCAGCUGGGGAUCAGGGCCGAUGAUGACUCGGAUGAGGAACCUGCAGCUAAUGACCUGGACACUAUGAGAAACGAAGUUCUGGUCUUCAACACCAACUGCCCGGAGUGCAACGCGCCAGCCUCAACCAACAUGAAGCUAGUCCAGAUCCCUCACUUCAAGGAGGUCAUCAUCAUGGCGACUAACUGCGACAGCUGCGGCCACCGGACCAAUGAGGUGAAAUCAGGCGGAGCCACAGAGGAGCUCGGCACCAAGAUCACACUGAACAUCACCGACCCUUCAGACAUGAGCCGAGACCUCCUCAAGUCGGAGACGUGCUCCGUCCUCAUCCCAGAGCUGGAAUUUGAGCUGGGGAUGGCGGCUCUGGGAGGAAAGUUCACGACCGUGGAGGGCCUACUAAAAGACAUCAAAGACCUGAUUGUGGCCAAAAACCCCUUCGUCUGCGGUGACAGCGGCACUACAGAUCGUGUGCAGAAGCUGAAUGAGUUUGGAGAGAAGAUAGACAAGGUCAUCGCAGGGGAAAUUAAUGUCCACAUCGUCCUGGAUGACCCAGCAGGGAACAGCUAUUUGCAGAACGUGUAUGCCCCGGACCCAGACCCCGAGAUGGUUAUUGAGAAGUACAGUCGUUCUUUUGAGCAGAAUGAAGAGCUUGGCCUGAAUGACAUGAAGACAGAGGGAUACCAACAGGAAAAUUGAACUCCCAGCAGCUGAAAGGACUAAAUCAGUCGCUAACUUUUCAUGUCUUGUCAUAAAACCGGUGUAAUUACAUUGCUUCAUAUUUUCUGCCUUUUGAUAUGUUUUAAGUUUAACACUGGGCGGAUGGUUGAUUUCAUCAGUAAGAAGAAUUCUAAUUUGUUUAAAUGUACAUGUUUUAAACAAAAGCAUGUCAGUAAAUUAAUUUGUUUAACGCAUAGAUGGUGCCAUUAAAGAUAAAACCUUCACCUCCUUCAUUGCAUUCUUGUGACAUCCCAGAAGAUGGCGCUCUGUUAUCUCUGAUUAAAAGGAGUUUUUUCUUUCAGUGGA